CACGUCUAUGCUAUAAAUAGGAUUCUUAACUAGAAAGUAUUGACGUAGGUAACAGGUAAAUCUUAGUCAUGUCUUCGUUACUGAAGUUUGGAGCGAAAGUUUUAGAAUCUUCAUUUUUAGACGAAGGAAAAAGGAAUCACAAAAAAGAUAAAUCAUAUAAAGCUCACAAGAAAAUGGAGUACUAUGGCGAUUAUCAGCAAUAUGGUGGUGGGCAGCAUAUUGCAGGAGGACAUAGCUAUGCUGGAGGGCAGCAUUAUGGUGGAGGACACUCAUAUUCAGGUAUGCCACAACAACCCAUGUACCAAGGACCACCACCAUCACAACAACCAUAUCAAAUGUACCAGCAGCCGAGUCAACAUUAUGGUAGUUACGGAAGCUACUACACUAACAAUGUCUUCAAAGUUAAUGCAUGGGAGGCCUAUCAAUUUCGUCAACCAAGUGACCUUGAGAUGGUGUUUGCUCAAGAAAUGCAGAAAAAUCCAGAAAAUGCGAUAAGGAAUGCUAUUCAAGCAGAAGACUUAAUGAAUGUUUUGAACAACACUCCAAGUAUCAGGAAUUUUUUCAGAAUAAACUGGAGCAGAGAGAUGUGUAGUAUAAUGAUUGCAAUGCUGGAUCGAUCCCAAGAUGGCUUUAUGCAAUGGAAUGAAUUUUUGGAACUGCAGCAGUGUCUUGUUGCCUGGUUUAAAGUUUUUUGCCAAUAUGAUUUUGAUCGGUCUGGUUUCAUUGAUGCUUCGGAACUUACUCGAGUAAUAAGACAGUUAUUUGGGUACCAAAUUCAACCUCACACUCUUGAAACUAUAUUAAAACGUUAUUCUCGAGUUGUCCCCCCUAAUGGUCGCUGCAUCAUUGCCUUUGAUGACUUUGUUGCUGUGUCAGUUAGGUUAAGAGCUUAUACAGAUGCAUUUAGGAAGAGGGACAGCCUUGCACAUGGUGGCAAUGAAACAGGCAACUGCACACUUGGAUAUGACGAUUUUCUAAGAUGUGUGCUGUGUCUUUAAACUAUGAUGGAAACAGCAAAAAGUUUGUCCCACAAGAGCUAAAGCCAUCCUAAAUGACAAGCGCCACUAUAAGGAUAACUGAGAAAUGUUAGUUGUUUUCUACAAUUCUUUGUCUCUCGUUUCAUCAAAUCCUGUUUUUAUUAAAGAAAUUUAAGAUGAGUAAGUGAUACAGUUUUUAAUAAACUAGUAGUAUGUUUAAAUAGUUUUUUUUAACUAUAAAUAACAAUUGUUAUUUCCAAAUGUCAUUUCAUUCUGAAUGAAAUAAAAGAGAAAACAUUUGAACUAAUUAAGUAAAUUGUCAACUGAUAUUCAUCAGUGUAUAAUGUUUUUGUUAAAAUGUUAGUUAUUUUUAUUCAGUUUCUAAGUAAUUUAAUAUCAGGCUAUUUUAUUUUUACAGUUUUUCAACUAUUUUUAUAUACGUUUACCUUUUAAAUGAUACUAAUUGAGCAAACUGUAGACAGCAUUUUAUGCACAUCAUUAAGUUAAAUAUAGCUAUAAUUACAACAAGUUAUGAAAUUUCUCAACUGUUUCAAAAUAAAUUUUAUAAAUUGAAAAUAAUUGUAUUUGGAUGUUUAUAUAAUGGCUAAAAAUAACAAAUAAAAAAAAAUUUAUUGCAACAUUUCCAUUCCAAUGUUUUAGAAUUAGUGCAAUGAGAAUAAUUUUCAAUAAAAAAGAUGCUUUAUUUUAUAUUAAAUUACUAGGCAACCUAGUUUUAUAAUAAAUGAGCCUUUUUUCACCAUUAUUGUACAAGAGAGUCAUAAAGUAGGCUAUGCAAUAAUACUUGUGUUUUUAUUAUCCUAUUCAAAGUCUGUGAUUAAAAUUUUACUUGGCUAUUCUAUUACAAUUUUUACUGUAAAUAAUUUACGUUUUGAUGGUGAUUUUAUUUUCAAAUAAUAAACUUUUAUACUAAUAUACAAAACCUUGUGAGUUUUGGUAAUUGUUGUAUAUAAAUGUACUGCACUCUUAAUUUUUUACAAAUGUAUGAAAACAUAUAUAUAAAUUUAUAAAAUAUUUAAAGUUUUGUUUAACCAAUUUUAUUAUUUUUAAAAAUUGGGCAUAUUUCACUUUGAUAUUUUGUAAACCAAAUUUCAUGAACACAUUGUUUACAUAUUUCAUUUUUUUCAUACUGUUUUGUCUCUUCACAUUUACUCAAUCCAUUACUUUCAACUGUGAGGGAUUACAAAUAUUUAGUUUUAGUCCUAUCCUGUUGACUGUUUUGAUUUUUAAAAAAGUAUGUACAUAUUUAUGUCUGUAUGGAAUGAUAGCAAAUUUGUUUUUGUUUUUAUUGAAUUAAGAUAAAUAAAAGUUGCAAAAUUAA